AUAAUUUAAUUAAAAAAAAAAAAAAGAGCAGACAGGUAAGAGCAGCAUGGCGUUGAUGGACGGGAAAGAGUGAAGACGGAGCUUCUUUAACGGCAAUGGCAAAAGAUGAAUUUAUAUUAAAACCACUUUGAAAUAGACAGUCAAAGUUUUAUAAUCAACAAACACAACAAGAGCUGGAUUACUAACGCUUUCUUCGCCAAAAUAGGCGAUCCGACUUUACCUGCUCUCAAACUACCCUUUUCCUCUGCAUCUUUAUCUCUAACCUUCCCUUUUCUGAACCCUGGUUGGGUUCAGAGUUUCCGAUUUCCUAAGCCUCUCUCUUCCAGUACCACAAACAAAGAGAAAGGUAAAGGGAAUUGCUUUUGUAUACCGUUGGUGCGUGCUCAUUGCCUCUGUUUCUCUGCAAAUUUCUCAUCAGCUCCGACUAUUUAUUUAUUUAUUUAUUUUUAUACUUUUCCAAAAUGAGUAUGUUGAGGACUGGAGGAUACGCAUGAGAAAGGAGAUCUGGUGAAAAUCCAACAAAAAAGCAACCAAAUCAUGGGGACUGUUGACGGAAUGAGGGGGAAAAUGUACACUGCUCCAAUGCCACCGCCGCCGCCCGCUCAUCGUCAUAUUUCCGGUUCCGAUCGCCGAAUCAUCGAUAGCAAUGGCCCUGACCUUCGAGUUUACCAAGCUUGGAAAGGCAGCAAUCUUUUAUGUUUUUGUUUCGAUCAGGCUCUUGCUCAAGUUAUCUUACAAAGGAUUCCCUAUACAAGAGAUAAAACUACUUUGUCCUGUAUAUUCUGCUUUGGAGGUAGACUUAUAUUUGGUCCAGAUGUGAGGUCUCUAUUCCUUACGGUGUUCAUGAUUGUGACUCCAGCAAUCUUGUUCUGCACUUUUGUUUCGCAUGAGCUCAUAAAUGAAUUUCAGCACCAUCUUGGCAAUCUUAUUGAAGUUAUAUGUGCCAUCUCCACAGCAUAUAUAAUGAUUCUUCUGUUGCUUACAUCUGCACGAGAUCCUGGCAUUAUUCCACGUAAUCAUCAUCCUCCUGAUGAAGAUGGCUCAAAUAUUUCGACAGAUUGGACAGCAAUUCAAGGUGGUGGUUCUAGUUUACCACCCAUGAAAGAUGUUUUGGUUAAGGGGAUAGUAGUCAAAGUCAAAUACUGCCAAACAUGCAUGCUAUAUCGCCCACCAAGAUGCUCUCAUUGCUCUAUAUGCAACAACUGUGUUGAGCGUUUUGAUCAUCAUUGCCCAUGGGUGGGGCAGUGUAUUGGGAAGAGAAAUUACAGAUUCUUCUUCAUGUUUGUCUCCUCCACAACCAUGCUCUGCCUCUACGUUUUUGCAUUUUGCUGGGUGAAUGUCAGGAAGAUAAUGGGUGCAUAUGAUUGUAAUCUCUGGAGGUCGUUUCUGAAGUCCCCCAUUUCAGGAAUUCUGAUAUUAUAUACAUUUGUAUGUGUUUGGUUUGUUGGAGGCCUCACUGCAUUUCAUCUGUAUUUGAUAUGCACCAAUCAGACAACAUAUGAGAAUUUCCGGUAUCGGUACGAUGGAAAGACGAAUCCUUAUAACCUUGGUUAUGUACGUAAUAUUAUAGAGGUUUUCUUCACAAAGAUUCCCAAAUCAAAGAACAGUUUCAGGGAAAAGAUCAAGGUGAACUCAUAUUCAAUUUAUGCCACUUCAAUGUCAUUGGGACAGUCUUUGAGCCCAGAGAUACCCAAAACUAGCUUUGAUGUAGAAGUGGGAAAACGGCAAGCUGUUGCUGAUGAGGAUUUUGAAGAAAUACAAAGCCAUAUUGACAAUGUUGGUGGAUUGGAGAGGUGUGGAACCCAACCAAGACACAUAAACCGGGAUCAUAAAGCGAACUGGGAGAUAACACCUGAUAUACGUAUCUUGGCUGCUGAGCUUGAAUCAGGUCAUGGUUUAAGAGAUAGACAGAAAAUUUCUCGAGAUCAUUAGAGUUGCUGGUACUGUGUAAAUUAUGGGGGAGGAAAGCAUUCACAUCUCAAAGGUCAAAGCCAAUUUACAUUCUCUAAUUGGGCUGGUUGGAACUGGCCAUUGGCAUGCCAUUUAACUAUAAGGAUGAAAAGGAUGUUAUGUGCUUCAAGAGCAAAAGGAAAGGAAUGCUCGUGGUUGAUUAAGUGUGAGGGAUUAGAUAAUGUAAAUCAAACUGUCUUCAGGCUUCAGUGUUACUUUGGGAAUGUUGUGCUAUUAUGUGUUCGAUUUUCUGGAAAUUUAGUUGGUUGUUAAUAUUUGUCAGUUGAUUCGAUAAUUUUAGCAAUGUGCAGAUGGUACCAUUAGCCGCUUAUAGUAAACUAAUUCCUUACUGAUAAAAGAGAUACUUGCCUACUGUUUUGGACCGGUUGCGAAAUUUCAAAACUGCUUUUUGUAAUUUUUAA